CCAAUGAUAGUAGCUCUACUUUGACAGCGAGCUAAGUCAGCCAGCUUCACUUCACUGACCUCCGCUCCCAACAUGGCUGGUGUUCGAGCCCUUGGUGUUCUUUCCAGGUUGACAUCAAGAAGAUACGCUGUCUCCACAGGGAGCAGCUUUCGCACCUUUUCAGUAGCUCCAGUCAUGCAAGCCCUUACUCAUGUGAACUAUGAAGUCAAGGACAAUGUUGCCGUGGUACGGAUUAAUGACCCAAACUCCAAGGUCAACACACUGUCAAUCCAAAUGCAAAAUGAGUUGGAGGAGGUAAUGAAAGAGGUGUGGGCUAACAAUGCAGUUGAGAGUGCAGUCCUCAUCUCCUCAAAGCCCGGAUGCUUCAUUGCAGGAGCCGAUAUCAAUAUGAUCCAGAACUGCAAAAAUGCAGAAGAGGUCACCCAACUGAGUCAGGGAGGUCAGAGGAUGUUUGAUCUGAUUGAAAAAUCUCCAAAGCCUGUUGUUGCUGCUAUCAACGGCUCUUGCUUGGGUGGAGGCUUAGAAUUUGCCAUUGCCUGCCAGUACAGAAUUGCAACAAAGAGCAAGAAAACAGUUCUCGGUACUCCUGAAGUGAUGCUGGGUCUCUUACCUGGAGCUGGUGGUACCCAGAGACUCCCUAAAAUGCUUGGACUUCCCAGUGCCUUUGAUAUGAUGCUGACAGGGAGAAAUAUCCGAGCAGAUAAAGCCAAAAAGAUGGGGCUUGUUGACCAGCUCAUAGACCCUCUGGGACCAGGGCUGAAGAGUCCAGAGGACAGAACAAUGGAGUACCUGGAGGAAGUUGCUGUAGAGUGUGCCAAAGGGAUCGUGAACAAGAAGAUCCCUCUGCGCAAAGACAAAGGCACGAUGCAGAAAAUUCAAGACUACGUCAUGAGCUUUGAGUUGGUCCGGAAUCAAAUCUACAAAACAGUACAUGGCAAGGUUAUGAAACAGAGCAAAGGGCUUUACCCCGCACCCCUGAAAAUAAUUGAAUGUGUAAAAACUGGAGUUGAACAAGGCCAAACUGCAGGAUACCUGGCAGAAUCUCAGAAUUUUGGCGCAUUGGCAAAAACCUCAGAAUCGGCAGCUCUGAUUGGUCUCUACCACGGUCAAGUAGCAUGCAAGAAGAACCGCUUUGGAGCUCCUGAAAAAGAAGUGAAGACUCUUGCCAUCUUGGGAGCAGGUCUGAUGGGAGCAGGUGUUGCUCAGGUGACUGUGGAUAAGGGUGUGCACACAAUACUUAAGGACACCACAGUGGCUGGACUGGCCAGGGGAGAGCAGCAGGUUUACAAAGGGAUGAAUGACAAGACCAAAAAGAAGAACAUCACGUCCUUUCAGAGAGACUCCAUACUGUGUAACCUGACGGGCCAGCUGGACUACAGGGGCUUUGAGAAGGCUGACAUGGUUAUUGAAGCUGUGUUUGAAGACAUUAACAUCAAGCACGCUGUGCUGAAGGAGGUGGAGGCUGUGGUUUCCCCUCACUGCAUAUUCGCCAGCAACACAUCUGCUCUGCCCAUUAAAGACAUCGCUGCUGCCAGCAAAAGACCAGACAAGGUGAUUGGAAUGCACUACUUCUCUCCAGUGGACAAGAUGCAGCUGCUGGAAAUUAUAACCACUGAUCAGACGUCCAAGGACACCACAGCCUCUGCAGUGGCUGUCGGCCUGAAACAGGGCAAAGUCAUCAUAGUCGUUGGGGAUGGCCCUGGAUUCUACACAACAAGGUGUCUGGCUCCCAUGUUGGCUGAAGCAGUACGAGUACUCCAGGAGGGAGUCGACCCCAAGAAGUUAGACGCACUCACCACAGGAUUCGGGUUCCCCGUGGGUGCAGCUACUCUGGCUGAUGAAGUCGGUAUUGAUGUCGCCGCCCACGUAGCAGAGGACCUCGGCAAAGCUUUCGGCUCCCGCUUCGGUGGAGGAAAUGUGGAGGUUCUGAAGACCAUGGUGGACAUGGGAUUCAAGGGCCGCAAAUCAGGAAAGGGUUGCUACGUCUACCAGCCAGGACUGAAAGUCAAAGAAGUCAACCCAGAUAUCGGAGAAAUCCUGGAGAAAUACAGGAUGACACCAAAUCCUGCUGUUUCCUCAGACUCUGAUGUGCAGUACAGGCUGGUUUCUCGAUUCGUCAACGAGGCCGUGCUGUGUUUGCAGGAGGGAAUUCUGGCGAACCCACUGGAGGGAGACAUCGGGGCCGUGUUUGGUCUGGGAUUCCCCCCCUGCCUUGGAGGACCCUUCCGUUUCGUGGACUCCUUCGGCGCCGACAAGCUGGUGGAGAAGAUGAGGCAGUUUGAAGCCGUCUACGGGAAUCAGUUCACACCAUGCCAACUCCUGCUGGAUCACGCAAAUGAUCCCAGCAAGAAGUUUCACAAGUGACCGACCUGCCGUGUGUGCCAGUAGCAGCUUUCUGUAGAAACACCGGCCUUCCACUAAAAUGUGCCUAGCAGUAAUAUGAAGAGUGGGGGGCAAACAUGAUGAAAAUACACUCAGUUUGACACUAAGAUAGAAAGCUGAAACUGAGGCAGUUCAAAAUAAAAGUUCUGUAAUAAAUCCUACGUACACAAAGAUAGUAGCUGUUUAUGAGGUGAUUGUCAACUUCUGAACAAUUUGGAGGAUGUUAUUUCGGGCACUUUUCAGUUGUAUUAUGUUAUAAUAUAAUGAGAGGACAUAUAUAAGCACUUGUGUUAUUUAGCCAACACCCACUGAUGUAAUCAAGUUGGGGAAAAAAAAGCAUAAACAGCAAUAUAACUUACAAGAAACUAGGAUUUAUUCAGGACUUGUGUUAAACUGCAUUAGUUUAAGCUUGAUGUACCUCACAAUAAACUCCAAACUGAGUGUGUAAAUGUCAGCAAGACAUGUUAAUGGUGUUUUGGUACUUUGCAUUAUUAAUUGACUUGAUAGUGUAAACAUGGAUAUGGAGCAGAGGAGGCUAAUAAUUCACACAUUAUGGAUGUAAAGAUUCUCCAGAGGCAGAAGAAUUCAAAUAUUUUCCAUCUUACACAUUCGUUCUGCAUUAUUAAUGAAUGUCUACCGGUGUCUUUCUUUUUUUGUACAUUUGGAACCUGGUUGAAGCGGCAAUGAUGUAAAUGUGAAGCCUGAAAUAAAUUUUGUUAUUGAAUCAAA